AUGGCCGAGACGCCCGACCUGGCUGAGAUUCACGACUUUCUGGUCGACCUGGCCAGCAAAGCGGGCGAGAUGAUCACCAGCGCCCACCCGCUCAUCAACGGCGUUGGUUCGAAGAAGAACAGCUCCGACCUGGUGACAGAGACAGACCGCGCCGUCGAGGCUGUCGUCUCAGAGGCCCUGCGUACAAAGUACCCUCACUACCAAUUCAUGGGGGAAGAGACGUAUGACCCCUCGAAGCCGUUGACAGGCGAGCCAACCUUCGUCGUAGACCCGAUAGACGGCACCGCCAACUUCGUCCACGGCUUCCCCUCUGCCUGCAUCUCGCUCGGCUUUGCCAUCGACCGGCAGCCCGUCGUCGGCGUUGUCUUCAACCCUUUCACCAGCACGCUCUACAGCGCCGUCAGGGGCCGUGGAGCAUUCAUGAACCGCACUCGCAAACUACCGCUUCGAGGGGACGACGUCGAGCCACUCAUGGGACUCAGUAGUGCUCUGGUAGCCGUAGAAUGGGGCUCAGACCGCUCGGGGCCAAACUGGGAGGUCAAGCUGCGUACGUUUGAGAGCUUGGGCAAGUCGAAGGAGCAAGGCGGCGCGAUGGUUCACUCGAUGCGCAGCAUGGGUUCGGCUGCCCUGAACCUGUGUGCCGUGGCUUCGGGCGUGCUGGAUCUCUACUGGGAGGGCGGCUGCUGGGCCUGGGACGUCUGCGCCGGCUGGAUCAUACUGGCUGAAGCCGGCGGGAUCAUGGUCGACGGAAACCCGGGCCAGUGGCGGGCAAAACUCGACUCCAGACGAUACCUCGCCGUCAGGGGCUCUCCAGAGGGCCAGGGCCAGCGCGAGCUCGUCCAGGAGUUCUGGUCGCACAUCGGCGGUGCUCUGGAGUACUAG